AAAGAUUUGUGUUGGGCAAUUCAACCACCAAAAUUAUUUAGGAACUAGGUGAAAGCCUAAUUCCCUUUCACUCACGAACCAUACUUGGCUCCGGGUUUGUGCAGUGUGCUCUUAGCGGCGUUGGUCAGACCAUCCGCCUCUCUCCUUCCAGCAUCAAGGUAACCUCUCCUUAUUUAGUACGUUUGUAUCAAGAAAACAGUGUUCCAUGUUCCAUCACAAAUGCAAAGAGGGUUCUCACGGAAACAGGAUGCCUCACACCGAUGGAGCUGGCUCUUUGCUACAUAUUAAGCAAAGAGUGUAUUUGUGUUGUUACUGCUUGGACUUUUAAACAUUUGCUCUCUAUAAUAUACUGAUUUAGUCAUAUCUUUUAUUUGUAGUAGGUUGCUUUUAUGGCAUCUUGAUCCAUCAAUUAUUAGGCUUGAUCUCUCAGUGAUGCUCAAGGAGGUAAUUAGAAGGCUCUUGCUUUGCCUGAGAAAGAAAUUAAAUAAUAGGAUGGAAUGACGUACCUUAAACACUCAUAUGGAAUACCCUAUGCUUUUGCUUGCACUGAGUUUUGAUGUGUCCUGAAUCCUAAUUUUGGUCAAUGGGCUUCUCCACAUACUUUUAAUCUUGCAAAUAGAACUACACCAAACAGAAGGGUAUCCUAUGGGAGCAACAAGAUGUUUCUAGAUCUUACAUAUAAGCAGACGCAUCCCUUGUAAUCUAUGUUGUUACUGGUUUUGUAGGAACUUAGAAGAGUUUGCAAUCAUUAAAUCCUUAGCAUGACAAGAAGUCAUCUGUAUAUGCUAUAGCAUUUGUGUCAUCUGAGUUUGGGCCGCGUCCUCUUCGACCGUCUCGGGGAAGAGGUUCUGUGCGAGCUCGUUGGGGUCGACGGUGGGGUAGAGGGAGUUGCCCGUGGCGACGCCGGUGGAGGUGGUGGGUGCGGAGAAGAAAGGGGUGUUGAGAUCAGGGUGGGACUGGUCCACAUCCGGGUAGAGGCUCUGCUUGGCAUUCGAGGAAGCGAAAGCCAUGGUUGCGUAGCUGGUCGGUUGCUAUUUAAUUUUGCAUUCGGUUCUUACUAUGCUUCAGGGAUUAAGUGGUUGUAAUGACAUUGGGGUAGAUCGUGCUAAUUUUGAUUUGAUUUUUUCUACUUUUUCAGUACUUGAUGAUGAGGCCGUCAUGAGGAAACAACUCCACGAGGCGAGAGAACAGCUGGUGAGACAAAGGUAAGAGUGUUUUUUACCUAUAUAUGUUUGCUGACUGAUGGCUGCAGAUAUCUCUUCACAGAAUUUGUUGAGCAACAUUGGUACUAAUAUAUUCACUCUCUCUGUAGUUUGGAGGAAGGAACUUAGAAUUUGCUAAUCCUGAAGAAAGCUUAUUGUUUUUUUCGACUGAACCAACAAUUAUAUUUGGUGCUGAUGUCACUCACCCUGCUGCUCUAGAUGAUACUUCCCCGUCCAUUGCUUCUUUAAGCUCUUUUUCCGUUUACAAUACGGAUAGUACCAUCUUAUUACAAUAACACUUUAUGCCUGGUGGUUCCUUGUAGGUUGUUGCCUCCCAAGACUGGCCCUAGGUGGCUAACUAUAAUGGCAUUAUCCGUGCACAAGGUCACCGUCAAGAGCUCAUCGAUGGGCUGGAAAACAUUGUCAAGUACGAUCAUCAUCACCAUCUCUGAAAUUCAAAUGGCACCCCAUACCCGAUUGAGAGAGUUCCUUAAUUUGCAAAAUAUUUUUAGGGAACUCCUACUUGCAUUCGUGGAACGGUCUAAGCAGAGACCCAAGCAGCUGAUCUUCUACAGGGAUGGCGUAAGUGAGGGCCAAUUCAAACAAGUGCUGGAGCAAGAAAUCCAUGAGAUAGAGAAGGCAUGGACAGCUCUUUACAAUGAGAAGCCAAAGAUCACCUUCGUAGUGGUGCAGAAGAGGCACCACACAAGGCUCUUCCCCAGCAAACCAAAGGAUCGCCAAUACGCGGACAAGAGUGGGAAUAUUCGAGCUGGCACCGUAGUUGAUAAUAAUAUCUGCCACCCAACAGAAUUUGAUUUCUUCCUGUGCGGCCAUGCUGGGGCCAAGGGAACAAGCCGUCCUACGCAUUACCAUGUGCUACGAGAUGACAACAAGUUCACCGCAGAUGCUUACGGGCUGAAUGCAUCUUCUUUUCUAUGCGUUGCAAUUCUGGGUACUUAUCUGGAAGCAGCUUGCUCCAAUUGAACCAGAAAAUUGAAGUUGUCCAUAUCCCUAGAGGUUCUUACAUGUUUGUUUGGUGUCUAUACAGUCCUAAUUUUCUCCCAGUCUUGCAAAUUUCGGGCUAAACUUGAAAGCAGAUACAUUAAACAACCUAGAUACUGCAGAAUACAUGCUUAUGUGUAUGUAUUAUGUAGGUCAUCUUCCUUCAUGUUUGGUGCACUGUGCUCAAAAUUUUAACAUGUCCCAUAUUGUUUUUCUCUCUUUUUACCAACAUCAUGUGAACCCACUCCUUUUUUUGUAACCACGAAAUUAACUCUGUGUAUUUUGCUUGCAAAACCAAUUCAAGUUCAAUUAUGCUACAUUUUUAAUUAGUUACACUUGUAUGUAUGUGCAUUUUCCAUGCAAUUUCAUAGUUUUGCAUUAGUUGUAGGUUUGAAACUGCAUUAGCAUGAUUGCAGGAAUACAUUGGAUUUUAUGUUUUAUCUUGAGGUAACGCCCCAUUUUUUCGAGCCAAUACAUGCAUGUUAACAUUAUGUAAAUUCAUGUAUCUAGGAACCCGCCUGACUUAGUUCAAUAAGAUACACCAAUACCUUGAGCAUGGGUCCUCCACAAUGUAUAAGUUUAUCUCUAAAUUUCUUAAAUUUAGCGUGAUUUAUAUGAUCAGUGUAUUUUUCAUAUAUUUCUUUGCUAAAUUUGUGAGCAGUAAUAUUUCAUACAACAGACACACAUUUUUAUAUGAUCUGUCGGCCUGGCGCUUUUCUUGUCCAGCUUUGCCUCUGGAUGCGUGUGGGUUUUGGUUUGGCGAUGGUUUUUGUGGGGAAAGUGGGGAGGAAGAACAGCAAGAGGUGGUGGUGGAGCCGUGGGAGGUGGAGGGAGGCUGCGCGGUCUUUUAACCGCUUGGCACCAUGCCAUCGCCGACGCCGUGCGGGGCUGCGCCGGCAUCUUCUGCAUGUUCAACACGCCCGACGACCAGGCCCAAUGUGAUGUGAGUACAAGACGGCAGCUUGCUUGCUUUCUUUCUUUCUUUCGCCUCUCUCUCUCUCUCUGCAUAUUAGUAUUAAUCUGGGGGGUUUUCCCCCUGAAGAAACGGAAGCUCGUUUGUAGGAGUGGCUUGUAGGUAGCGCUUACUGCAUAGAAUUGGAUUGGAUUGUAUUUUGCUCUCCUAUACUAGCAGACGCAGCCAGAGCUUAUACCAGCACUGUAGCAUGAACAGGGACCGGGACAGCUGGACAGGGUCAGAGGAGAGGAGAGGAGAUGAGCCGAUCCUUUGCUACCUUUUCUCCCUUUUCCAUGAAUCUCCAUCUUCCUCCUCCCUGGUCUAGGCUGUUUGGUUCGUUCCAGAGGAGGGCUGGGACCCAGACCGCUUACUUCCCCUCCUCCUCUGAUGAUGAUCCAUUAAUGCCACAGCUCAUGUGUGGUGUGGCUGUGACUUGUGAUGAGUGAGCGUGCCCCUUCUUCCUCCUCCAGCCUCCAGCUCCAGGUGCGGUGUGAGGUCCCGCUCCCGCUCCUGUCCUACCAGC